CAGGAGAGAUAGCGGUCUUAGUGAGGGGGGGGGAAGACCAGAAAGGUCGAGGCCACAUGCCCAAGUCGAAAAGGCUGCGCGUUGAUGAGGCGAGCUCGGAGAAUGACGACGACUUCCAAUUAGAGGAAGUUGCGGUGGUGGACGUGCAAGGGGCGUCGGGGAGCCAGCGAUUGGGUUUUGGGCGAGACGGGGUGUCGAGGGAUCAACUGGCUGCUAUCAGACAAGCUUUCGUUGGUGGUGCCGCCAGAGCGUCACCUAGGACACACAAGGCGCAAGGGUUUGUCAUCACCGAGGCGCGCGUGCACAAGCAAGCUGCGGGGGUGGGUGAGGUGACGGUAAGCGGCGUUCACGCACCGAUCGUCCCGGUCGCUGGGGGUGGCCGACUUGACAAGGCAGUGAUCGGGGCAGACCAGCUACGUCAGGCACUCCCCGCGCAAAAGGCGGGGGGUUCAAGCGCGACGAUAACACCGCCCCCGCAAAAGAAAGUGGACGCAGGCGGCAGUAAGACGGUGGUGGGAGAUCAUCACACUUCUGCAAGCGGAGUCGCGGAAGGUGUGGUGGAGGGGAAGGUCGAUGACGUGCACCGUGAAGAUGGUAAAAGAGAUGGACGACGGGAAGGCGAUGAUGACGACGAACGACCCCUUGCCAGCAGGCGGAAGAGAACUGCAAAGGAGGUUAAUAUGGAGGAGAGGUCGAAGUUGUGGGUUGGCCCCUCCUGUGUCUACACUACCUCCACCACGACACACUGUAGCACUCAGGACGACAGCAAUGACGCUUCUCCUGAAACGCACAUCUUGCGAUCGCACCGACCUCGGAGACGCGUGACCUAGAGACGUUAAGAUUGCUCGCGGAUCG